AUGACGAAACUUCUGGAAGACGUCGGCCGCAUGUCGGACCGUUCGCCACCGGAAGCCGACGGCGAUGGGGCCCAGUGCUGGACCAAGCUGCUGGACGAUCCGAGCAGCAGGCACAAACCGAUCAUCAUCGCUUCGGCGGUCGGUGGCCAAACUGGCGAUGCCGUCACCGUGAAAGAUCUGCUGGUGACGGCCGAUGCGGAAACGGGCAAAGCGCAACAGACGGUCACGUCGGAUGGCGUUGUGCUGGAUCCGGUCACCGGCCAGCGGCGACGGCGAGAGUCAAUUUUCGGAACAUUCCAUCGGUCGCUGCGGAUGUCGCUGAAAGCGGUUAGCGACACAACGGGACCACUGACAAGAUACCGCCAGACACGGUACAGCUCGAGGCGCAUCCGGAAGCGGGUCAUCUUCAAGCAGGGCGACUGCAAUGUGAUCCAGGGCAAUAUGGCCAAACGGCGCCGCCGGUAUUUGCAAGACAUAUUCACCACGCUGGUGGACAUUCAGUGGCGUUGGACGUUGUUCGUGUUUGCGUGCUCCUUCAUCCUCAGCUGGCUGGGAUUUGGCGCCAUCUGGUACCUGAUUGCCCUCAGCCACGGCGAUAUUCAAGCGGUCGGUGAUGAAAGCCACAAACCGUGCGUGACGUAUAUUUACGGCUUCACCUCAGCGUUUCUGUACUCCCUCGAAACACAGCACACGAUAGGUUACGGCAAUCGGUACAUCACGGAGGCGUGCCCGGAGGGCAUCUUUAUUCUCGCCCUGCAGAGCAUCACCGGGGUGUUCAUUCAAGCAUUUAUGGUCGGCAUCGUGUUUGCGAAGCUGUCGCGCCCGAAGAAGCGCGCCCAGACGCUGCUGUUCUCGAAGAACGCCGUCAUCUGCCACCGGGAUGGGGUGCCAUGUUUGCUGUUCCGGGUUGGCGAUAUGCGCAAGAGCCACAUCAUUGAGGCGCACGUGACGGCCCAGAUCAUCCGGCGGAAGACUACCAAAGAGGGAGAGAUACUACCGUUCUACCAGCAAAACAUGGAGGUGAGCUGUGACGGUGGUGACGAUCGUCUGAUGUUCAUCUGGCCAACGAUCGUGGUGCACAAGAUCGAUCGCGACAGCCCACUGUACGGCUUGUCCGCCCAGGAUAUGCUUCGGGAGCGGUUCGAGAUCGUCGUAAUGCUCGAGGGUGUGGUGGAAUCGACGGGCAUGACGACACAGGCGCGCAGCAGCUACCUGCCGUCGGAGAUCCUUUGGGGCCACCGCUUCGAGUCGGUCGUAUCGUUCAAGCGCGAAACGGGCGAAUAUGAGGUCGACUACACGACGUUCAACGAUACGUACGAAGUGGAUACGCCCCUCUGCAGUGCACGCCAGCUGCACGCCGUGAAGAAGGAGCUCAACAAACAGAACGGUGUCGAUGGGUCUUCCGAAAGCGAUGAAUCCGAUACCUCGUCGGUAGAUAAUGGAUCGGCGGAUCGCAAGAACUCGGUCGGCAAUGGCUACCUACGCUUUGCGCCCGUCUACGGCCAGCAGGCGGGCGACCAAGUGGCGCUAAACAUAGCACCAGCCACGGACCCGUCCACGCUGCCGACGGACCAAACGCCUCCCGGCCCGCAGACCGUACCGUCACCCGGUGCCGAGCGCAAAAAGACUCCUCGGAAGCUGUCCAUCAAAGAGCCCUCGAUGGAUUCCCUCUGCUAGCACCCGAGCCCCGGGCUCGAAUCGAU